AAAAAGUUUAAAUGCAGCACCACUCGCGAAAUUGUGCCCGCGCUGUGUUACUGUUUGUCGUCGCUUUCUUCAACUUGCAAGCCAUACGAAGGGAUGAUAACAGCCACAAUGGAGUAUUCGUAAAAUUGGAAGGUCACGCACUUGUUAACCACGUGAUGGAAAGUUUCUCCGUGACGUCACCCGUGCACUGCGGGCAAGGUUGCCUUGGAAACCCCAGCUGCCGUUCGUACAAUAUACGCCAUGACACUGUCUGCGAGCUUUUAAAUACGACAAAGAAGAGCGCUAAAGAAUGUUUGAUAAAACACUCUGGGAGCAAUCACUACCACGACCCUGAGAUUUUCACAUCGUGUUUGGAUUUCUUGCACGCUGGAUACGACAAAAAUGGCAUUUUCACGAUAACCGGAAGCGACAACAAUGACUUCAAAGUCUUCUGUGAUUUCACGUCAGAGCUUGGGUCAGCGUGGACUUUGGUUCUCUCCUUUGCGCGUAAAAAUAAAAACCUUGAUACGUACUGCAAAAGAUCUCUAUCACAGAACGACCCAAGAAACGGGGAAAACCCAAACUGGGAAGACUACCGACUCUCGCUCUCUCGAAUGCAACACCUUAGGUCCCAGUCUACUUACUGGCGCUUCACCACAGAGUUCCCGGUACUAGGGGUCGACUACCGGGAUUAUGUCCGCGCGAAGUUCUCCUCAAUGGAUGUGUUGACCUUCCACGCUGGCGGGCACUGCAAACAAGUAGAACUUGUCAACAUCCGGGGAUAUCAAGGUGCUGACAUCACGGCCCCGUUUUGGCAGGUUGACGGCACAUGGCCUCUUCAUACUGAUAGCACUUCUGAAGCUUGUGAGUUCCGUUCGGCCAAAGCAGGUUCUGUUGCUACCGAGAACAACUUUGGUUACUAUUGCCAAACGUACAACCCCGUCUUCCGUGGUACGGCCACACAGGAGAGUACCACACAACUGUGGUUUGGGGCGUAUUUGUAAGAUCUGGGAGAAGGUAGAAGCCUUGUUGAGGCCACAUUUGUAAUAUCCUGCUAAAUUUGCAAUAAGGUCAUGACAUAGUUGUUAUAAUGGACGGACCAUUAAAAGAGUGAAAGUUGGGGGGGGGGGCUUGUAAAAAUUUAACUUAGAGGCAACGCGCCUAUCCGAAGUCUUCCACCCUGACGACAUCCGGACAUGGCGCAUCUUAUGUCCUAUUUGUAGGCAGUGCAACACUGAUUGUCGCUGUUAAGUUUACUAGUGUUGUUUUUAUGUAUGUAAUGUUGACUAUACUGCUGACCAACGGAGGCUGAGCCUGUAAGGGACUUCGAGUCCUGUUCUUUGGCUCCUACGGUCAUCACCGUGAAUGUAAUCAAUAAAUAAAAUAAUAAAUAAAUAAAUACUUAUGUAAAA